CAAUUUUUAUGAUUCUAUUAAAUAAUCAAUCAGUUGUGAUUUCAGGUAGUAGCCCAUGAGAGGAGGUUGAGCACAAAUGCUUCGAGGACAAUGGCGGCAAUGUCAUUGGGUUUUAUUGUUAUGGUCACGCCAUGGACAAUUCAAGAAGUGGUCGUUGCUUGCACUGGUACUAAGAUGCCUGAGUUCCUCGAUUUCAUAGUCACCUGGCUGGCCUUAAGCAACAGUUUCUGGAACCCUUUCCUAUAUUGGCUUCUAAACAAUAAUUUCAGGAGGAUAAGCAGGGAAUUAUUCAUGACUAAGAUAUUAUGCAGAGGUAAGAAAACGCUGCCAAACAGUAAUCUCCAGUGUUGUUCCCUGCCUGGAUCGGUUCCUGCGCCGCUUUCCCGUGACAUGGAAGGGCUGAGUGAAAAAUACUGGGGUGAGAUACUCGAACGCACAGUGUCCUCGAACAGCUUGCAGAUGCAGAAGAUAUACCCUCCGCCGCCACCGCCGCCGAGGCAGGCCAAAUGAGGUCAGGCCCCCAAGGCCUCGGCCUCUUGAUCCAACGUAUGACCUCUGUGCAGAUCUGUCAUCCCUCCGACGGCACGUUGUUGAAAACGGGUUGGCAGUCAAUCGCGCAGAGGUUAGUGCAGGUAGGUUCUCCUGCUUAUUUUUGAAAUUUAGAAAAGAAGAAAGCCCGUGAGGCUCGUUCUCUCAGAUUCGCCUCCCUCCUCGUAGAGGUGGGAUUGCACUUAUGGACUGUGAGGUUCUCUCUAGCUGGCACUUAAGAUUUUUAAGCUUGCAAUAUUGAAUAAUCCAGUAAUACUUAACUUUUUCUCCAUAAUAAAAUUAUCCAAUUAAAUUAAAUAUUAACAUACAUUGAACAUUAAGUACAUGGAUAAAUAUACAUGUUAAUUUAUUUAUGAACAAAAGCUUUGGAUUGUAUAUAAUAAAUUAAUUAACAUUUUCAACAUCUGCAUUGCUUCUUAGUCGGUUAUUAAGGAUUUCUGAACAUUAGUGCUACAACAAUUAACAUCUAAUUAUUGUACCUCUUAGAAUAACUACAACUCUUUAAAGAUGUACAUUAUGUUAUGUUUUUUGUGUUAACAUGCUGCCAGAAAAAAAAUAAAUACACAUUAAUUAUUCCAAAAUUACACCCUCUUGUUAAAUAUUUCAAAAGCGCAGUCGUGCUUGAUUAUGCAAUAUUGUAAGCUUAAAAUAGGUUAGAAAUAUCACUUUUGUAUCGAGAUAAUCGCUUAAGACUACAAAAAAAUCUAUAAAGUGCAUGUGAUAUUAACAAAUUACUAUUCUUCCUGAUGGCUAAUGGGACAAUUCGAACUGUAUUAUUAAAAUAACGAGUGUUUACAAAGAAAAUGUAAAUUAAAAAACGAAUCAAUAGUUCAUAAAUAA